CACAUGCACAUAGUACUGAUUCGAUUAGGUUAUAUCUUUUCAUGCAUCGUUGAGGAUCAGCUGGAUAUUGUUUCAUUAAAAUAGCCACCGUAGUGCCGAGAGCUGGAGUGCAUUACGCGUAGGAUAUACGGAAUCAUACAUGCGUCAUAACUACUCAGCUGUAAAGGCACCCAUGUUCUUCGUAUCUCUUACCGUAUAGUAGUAUUGCAGCAUCUAUAAAGUCUCUAUACCAUGACGAAGAGCCUCAGCUAGCUGCUUCCUACACUUCAUGUCGCCGUCUAGAUUCUAUAUACUCUGAUCUAUUUUUUUAAGAACAAACGCAAAACCUUUCACUUUCAGCUACACAUAUUAUCUGAAGCGUCACCGCCACAAUGACCGUGCAAUCUAAGGUCCAUCCCCAAGUGCAACGCUUUCCAAUUACUGCCGAUCCCGCAACAGUGUGGAAAGCCAUCGCAGAUGAUGGAGUAGCUGUCAUUGAGAGCUUUUUGACCUUGGAGCAGGUCGCAAGCCUCAAUAAAGAUGUAGACCCUCCGCUCUUCAAGCUUCGCGAGCGAGAAAAGCGUGACAUGCCGCCAACGAAAGCUUUGCCAUCUCCGUGGAAUCCGGAUAAACCACAAGCACAGCUCUCGCCGUCAUAUUUAAUGGCAGAUCUAGUGCCACCGGAAGUCAAUCGUGUGCACAACCUGGUCGGCUUCAGCAAGACAUUUCGACAUGACAUGUUGAAUCAUGAAAUGCUGCACGGACUCUGUCGCCUGGCUUUCAAGGACUCUGGUGACUAUUGGCUAGGGUACGGCGCGGUCAUAGAGAAUGGCCCUGGAACAAAGGAGCAGCCGUGGCAUCGCGACCAGCCUAAUUAUGGACUACUGAAAUCUGGCCCUGACGCACCGGAAGGCAUGCUCAACUUUUUCACUGCAUUGACGGACUGUACACCAGAGACUGGGAGGACUCAGUAUAUCUGGGGCAGUAACCGGUGGAUUGAAUUAGGAGUACCCGAUGCUGACCAUCCGGUGGUGUUCUCCGAGCUUAACCCAGGCGAUACCGCAAUUCUAAGCGGUAAGAUAGUACACCGGGGCAGUGCUAACAACACGAAUACCUUUCGCCGGGCCCUGGCAACUAUGAUAAUUCCAGGGAUUUUGACGCCCCUCGAUGCAACGUGCAAUCUCUCUCGGAAUCUGGUCGAGACUAUGACACCGCUGGCUCAGAGGAUGGUAGGCCGGCGUAGCAUUACCAUUGCGCCACCUUCUUCGAUUGGAAUAUGGUGCUUGAAUAUGAGGGAGGUUGGAGAGCAAAUGAAUUUGAAGACUAAUCAGCCUGAUAUGGAGGAAGAAUAACCGGAUUUGUGUCGUGUUUCUUUUCACUUUGCAUUCUUCUGCUCUAGUAACCCCUUAGUUCUAACAACUGUCAACAAUUUGAUAGAACACUAUCAAAAGGAGCCCCGUACGUUUAAUCUUAGGUAGUUGAAUCCACAUAAAGCCACGAAAGAAAACACCCAAAAUGUUGCCGUCGAAGUAGAUAUAGCUUCCUAUAGUUUCAAAUUUUCUCUUAUUAUAGUACAUUAUGCCGGCACAGUGGCUCGAUUCACUGUCACUUCAUCGUGCUGCCAUCUUAAUUGCUUUCUGUAGAGAAUGAAUACAGAAUCUUAGUUCAUAC